AUAUAUGUCAACUCCUCCCACAACACUUUGCUCCAUAUCCCUUGUCCAUCCUUCUGCUAGCUAGAGAGAGAGAAUACAUGGGUUCCCAUUUCCUCUUCCUUGCUCUUCUUGCUCUGGCUUCAUCUCAUGCCAUUGCUUCUGAUCCUAGUCAACUCCAAGACUUCUGUGUCGCUGAUCGUGAAUCAGAUGUGUUUGUGAAUGGGUUCGUCUGCAAGGACCCGAAGAUGGCCAAAGCCGAAGAUUUCUUCUUCUGGGGACUUGACAAGCCCCGUGACACGGGAAACAAGCUUGGGUCUAAUGUGACCCAAGUAAAUGUGAACCAAAUUCCUGGACUCAACACCCUUGGCAUCUCGCUAGCUCGCCUAGACUUUGCACCCUACGGUGUCAACCCUCCUCACACCCAUCCAAGAGGAACUGAGAUCCUCACAGUGCUAGAAGGCACGCUCUACGUCGGCUUCGUUACUUCCAACCCCAACCAGCUCUUCACCAAGGUCCUUCACGAGGGUGAUGUGUUCGUAUUUCCUCAAGGUCUCAUCCACUUCCAAUUCAACAACGGCAAGAACGGUGCCGUUGCCAUUGCUGGUCUGAGCAGCCAGAACCCUGGUGUGAUCACCAUAGCCAAUGCGGUCUUUGGAGCGAAGCCACCCAUCUCUGAUGACGUUCUUGCCAAGGCCUUUCAACUGGACAAAAAGACUGUGGAUUGGCUCCAGGCUCAAUUCUGGAUGGACAACAACAACUAGAAUACUGCUCACGAACUACUUGUUAUGUCCUCUGGACUAGUUUCUUUGAAUAAGCAAACAUGAUCUCCCUGUUUUCAUGUACUUGUUUGACUUUGGAUAUGUUUGCCAUAUUAUACUAAUAAAGAGAAUUACUUUUAGCAUUAUUUCUUUUUUUGCUUUCCCGUGUAGUGAUCAGGAUGGACUGCCAUUGAAUCCCUUGAGUUUGUUACGAAAGUGCUGGGACUGUUCAUUUUAGU